CAUUGAUGUUUAAAAAUAAAAUCAAGCCCUUACAUUGAACUGAACACCGAACUACAGCAAAAUUAGUCGAACUACGAUUAACAGUUUGCGAACUAAACUGAAGUAAUUCAGUUCGAUUCGGUUGAGUUGGUAGGUGGCUGAACUUGUCACGGAGUACCUGCCUUCUUCGUGCAAACAAUCAAAGGACACCUGAAUCUGAAAGUAGACAAACAUGUCUCAACGAAUCGGGACAAAGCUAUUUGUCAGCAGAUUAUCGUUUUACACUACACAACAACAAUUAGAGUCAUUAUUCUCGCCAUUCGGAGUACUUACAGAAGCUACACUUAUUACGGACCAAAAUACUCAAAGGCCUAAAGGCUUUGGUUUUGUCUCGUAUAAAUCUGAAAUUGAAGCUGAAAAGGCUCGGAAAGCGUUGAAUGGAAGGAUAGUUGAUGGAAGGUUGAUUUUCGUUGAACAUGCAAAACCGAAGGACUCAUCAUGAUACAUGAUUCUUAUCCAUGCUCAAAGCUUCUGUGUAUUUCCGAUCAACUUUUUCAGAUGUCAAGUCACAUUUGAUCAAAGCACUUCAGCUUUGUGUUCUUGCUUAAAGCAUCUCUGUUUUACUCUUCAAUAAUCUAAUUUAGGACUAUAUUGUACAAAUAUAUGUGUAUCCAUUUUGGAAAUUAUGAUGCAAGAGUUUUGCAAAAAAUUAUCGUAGUUGGUUUGGAAGUUGGAACCGUAGAUCCUUUUUUUCUUCACUUUUAUGGGGCAAGAUGACAUGAUUGUUAACUCACAAGUUAAUUGGCUAUGUUUCUGCAUAAGAAAAUUAGACUAAGCUAUCAGAAUUUGUUUGUGAUCAAACUUGGGCGGAACUCUUUCAAUGUUUAAAGUGGGUAAUUCCGCAUCUCCAUUUUUUUA